GAGUUAAAUUGUGUCGUUUUCAUACACAGUUCUCCCUCCGUUCAGUGUAGAAGCAUCAGCUUGAGCUCUGUCUUCAACUCUCUUCUCUGGUGAAUGUAAAUGAUGGAAACAUUGGUGACGUUCCUCCUCACUGGAUCUCUGAUACAAGGUGUUUUGUGUGGCUUUAAUAUCAAUCUGCCGAAGAGAGUAGAAGCUCUGAAAGGAUCUUGUGUUUUCAUCCCCUGCACAUUUGAUAUUGAUCAACAAUAUAAAGAUGACCUCACUGACAGUGCAAAGAGAAUGUGGUUUAAAGACGGAGGAAGUACCGCUGUGUUUAACUCCAGCAGACCCAAGACUAGACCGUUAAAAGGAGAAAUAUUUGGCACUGCUACACAGAAAAACUGCACCACACGCAUUGAUAAUGUCCGUCAGAGUCAUAAUGGGUCAUAUUACUUCAGACUUGAAGCCAAUGGUAAAUUGCAAUAUAACUACACAGAACCUACACACUCUCAAGUUCAAAUUGGUGUCUUAGGAUCUCCACCCAAACCCACACUGAGUGUCUUUCAGGAUCAGCAGAAGGUGAGGAAGGAGGUGGAGGUGAUUGAGGGAAGUUCAGUGAGUCUGCGCUGCUCUACUAAGAUCUUCUGUCCGUCUCGUCCACCAUCUCUCACAUGGAGCUCAUCUCUCAUCGAGAGCGUCACAGGACAGCAGUAUCAGAGCCAAACUGAUAUCAUCUCUGAUCUGAACUUCACUGUUUCUCACCGUCAUCAUGGAGUCACUUUCACCUGCACUGCAACACACCAGCUACAGAAGCAGAUCACAAAACAAGAGUCCCGUCUGCUAAGUGUUCAGUAUGCUCCUAAAAACACAUCAGUGAGGAUAAAUCCAGCUGGUUUAGUUCUGGAGGGCCGUUCAGUGACUCUGAGCUGCAGCAGUGAUGCAAACCCAGCAGUGAAGUACACCUGGUACAGAGACACUGAGAGACCUCUGAAUCCAGUUCAGACCGGACCAAACCUGACCAUCAACAACACUGACCCGACACACAGCGGACGAUACUACUGUACAGCUGAGAACAAACACGGCACACAGAACUCAUCAGUGCUGCUGGACGUCCAGUAUGCUCCAAAAAACACAUCGUUGUCAGCAUUUCCCUCCAGCUCAGUGAUGAGGGGCAAUCCAGUGACUCUGAGCUGCAGCAGUGAUGCAAACCCAGCAGUGAACCUACACCUGGUACAGAGACACUGAGAGCCCUCUGAAUCCAGU